GCGCUCCAGAUUGCCUGGCCCUGCGCAGGGCGACUCUGCCGGUAGUGGCUAUGUCCAGCCGGUCCAAGCGGGAGUCUCGUGGUUCCACCCGCGGGAAGCGCGAAUCCGAGUCACGGGUCAGCUCGGGUCGCGUCAAACGGGAGCGAGAUCGGGAGCGGGAGCCCGAAGCGCCGAUCUCCCGGGGCAGCCCGGUGCGCGUGAAGCGGGAGGUCGAGCCGGCGAGCGCGCGCGAGGCCCCGGCGCCCGUAGUGCCGGCGGUGCGGGUGAAACGGGAGCGCGAGGCGGACGAAGACUCUGAACCUGAGCGGGAGGUGCGAGCCAAAAAUGGCCGCGUGGAUUCUGAGGACCGGAGGAGCCGCCAUUGCCCAUACCUGGAUACCAUUAACAGGAGUGUGCUGGACUUUGACUUUGAGAAACUGUGUUCCAUCUCCCUCUCCCAUAUCAAUGCAUAUGCCUGUCUGGUGUGUGGCAAGUACUUUCAGGGCCGGGGUUUGAAGUCUCAUGCCUAUAUUCACAGUGUCCAGUUUAGCCACCAUGUCUUCCUCAACCUCCACACCCUCAAGUUUUACUGCCUUCCAGACAACUAUGAGAUCAUCGAUUCCUCUCUGGAAGAUAUCACGUAUGUGUUGAAGCCCACUUUCACAAAGCAGCAGAUUGCGAACUUGGACAAGCAAGCCAAAUUGUCCCGGGCAUAUGAUGGUACCACUUACCUGCCAGGUAUUGUGGGCCUGAAUAACAUAAAGGCCAACGACUAUGCCAAUGCUGUCCUUCAGGCUCUGUCUAAUGUUCCUCCUCUUCGGAACUACUUCCUGGAAGAAGACAAUUAUAAAACCAUCAAACGUCCUCCAGGGGAUAUCAUGUUCUUGUUGGUCCAGCGUUUUGGAGAGCUGAUGAGAAAGCUCUGGAACCCUCGAAAUUUCAAGGCACAUGUCUCUCCCCAUGAGAUGCUUCAGGCUGUUGUCCUUUGCAGCAAGAAGACUUUUCAGAUCACCAAACAAGGGGAUGGAGUCGACUUUUUGUCCUGGUUUCUGAAUGCUCUGCACUCAGCUUUGGGGGGCACAAAGAAGAAAAAGAAGACUAUUGUGACUGACGUGUUCCAGGGGUCCAUGAGGAUCUUCACUAAAAAGCUUCCUCAUCCUGAUCUGCCAGCAGAAGAAAAAGAACAGCUGCUUCACAAUGAUGAGUACCAGGAGACGAUGGUGGAGUCCACCUUUAUGUACCUCACACUGGACCUUCCUACUGCACCCCUCUACAAGGACGAGAAGGAGCAGCUCAUCAUCCCCCAGGUGCCGCUCUUCAACAUCCUGGCCAAGUUCAACGGCAUCACUGAGAAGGAAUAUAAGACUUACAAGGAGAACUUUCUGAAGCGCUUUCAGCUCACCAAACUUCCUCCAUAUCUAAUCUUCUGCAUUAAGAGAUUCACUAAGAACAAUUUCUUUGUGGAGAAGAAUCCAACUAUUGUCAACUUCCCUAUUACAAAUGUGGAUCUGAGAGAGUACUUGUCUGAGGAAGUGCAAGCAGUACACAAGAACACCACCUACGACCUGAUUGCCAACAUCGUCCACGACGGCAAGCCCUCUGAGGGCGCCUACCGGAUCCACGUGCUCCAUCAUGGGACAGGAAAAUGGUAUGAAUUACAAGACCUCCAGGUAACUGACAUCCUUCCCCAGAUGAUCACGCUGUCGGAGGCUUACAUUCAGAUUUGGAAGAGGCGGGAUAAUGAUGAAACCAACCAGCAGGGGGCUUGAAGGAGAAGCCAGGGCUGAAUAUGUAAAUAAUAGUGAAGCUGUAACUGAACAGAGGCUGACUGGGCAUAUCCCUGGACCAGCCUAGUUUUUAUGGGUGUUGGUUCACACCAGAGCAAUAGAGGGGCCCACCUGCCUGGGACAACUCUGUGCUGUCACCCAGCUGUUCUUUGAUCAGUUUACUGUAGAUUGAUGUUUGUUCACCUUUCUUUCUAGCUCCCCUGUAGCUUCAGCAGGCCAUAACUUACAGAUGUCUGUAAUUUAUUUCUGAGUAGUUAUGUGUAUCCUCUAAGCAUCAGUGGCUCAGGAUUCUAGGAAUAAGAGCAUGAAGCCAGUAGCAUCCUUUUUCCU